AUGAUAGUCAAAUUUGCACUAGGACUCUACAGAUCUGCUGAUAAGUUACGGUAUGAACGACUUCUAGUGGAGGAAGUAAUAAGUAACAUAUGCGCUGUAAGUUCCAUGAAGCCAAAUAUAGACUCUUCAAAUUGCAUAUUAGUUCAAGAUGUUAAAGACGUCACAAAUGAUCAAAUUAUGAUGGGAUCAUCAACCCAGCCGUCAACAGAAGAAUCUCUACCGACGAGUACCGCGGAACAUUCAGCGAGUGCAACGACAGUACAUAGCUCCCUCCAACACCAACAGCCGUCGCAGCAGCAACAGCAGCAACAACAGCAACAGCAGCCUCAAACUCAGUGGUCUCCGUUACCGCUGCUAGAGCAAACGGAAUUGGACAUGCUCCAUACGGCUACGAUUCCGCCCUAUCAAUUCUGGAACAGCGAAUUUCGUAACAAACAACCAGCGUUUAUUAAUUUCAAUUUUACGCUGCCGUGGGGAGCUAGUUUCGCCGUAUACGGAAGGAGGAAUGUGGUGCCGAGUGUUACACAGUACGACUUUGUAGAGUUCGUUAAAGGAGGACGGGUAGAUCACAGGUUGCGGAAGAAACGUGAUCUUAGUGAAGGCUUCACUUUGGAUGAAGUAAAUUAUACUUAUCAGUUUCGUUUUUAUUUAGGGUGGAGUCUGAGAUACAGAAAAGGAUCAACUCCUCUUAUGAAGGCUUAG